AUGGCUGCAUUUCCAAUUCAAAAAGCGAGUGAACCACCAGCAACCGUUCAAAAACACAGUCCCUCAUACCCAAGCAUCACUUUUUCAAACACCUUGGAUACUGAUUCAAGUCUAUCACCGCCCUGGGAUAAUCAGUCGAUCACAACAAGUUCAGUACAAGGGAAGACGAGUUAUCCGAAGUUGAGCUUCAUAACAAUUUCACAUCCAGAAAACUCGAAGACAACAUGGAGGAGAAAGGCAGUCCGCUCUCAUGCAGCAGCGAAUUCGCAUGGAAAUUUUAGAAACGAUCCAGAAAAUAGUUCCUCGAGUGCUUCGCCGGGUCGUGAGUCGUCGCGAAGAAAACGCAGAAGUUCAAGGCAGAGUGACGUUUCUUUUCCGUUGGAAUUGAAAUCAGAGGAUAGUCAGGAGAGUCAGUUGAGUCUCGAUAGCAGACGGUCUUCGAUAAGUAACUUUGGUGGAACCGGAGACCCAUUCGAUAUUUUUCCUGUUCCAGCGGAACCUUAUCUGCCUUUUCUGGUAGACCAUUAUAUGCAUGGAAUGAGAAAUAUCCCAGAUCUGGAACAGGAGAGAAAUUACGACACAUUGAGAAACGUUUGGUUCCCACUGGCUCUCGAAGAUCCCGCCGCAUUCCAGGUCGUUAUUCUUUUCUCGGCACGUCAUCAAGCAUCCGUUGCGAGUUCACCAAACAUGGUUCCGAAUCAGCUCGUUCUAAAACAAAAGGCUAUCACCGCCAUAAACGAAGGUAUCCGAGACAUCAACAGAUCCUCCAAGGAUGCGCUCAUCGGAGCUGUAGCCAAAAUGGCGUUCUACGAAUCAAUGUUUGGGGAUCUAGAAGCGUUCGACGUCCAUAUGUUAGGGUUGAAGCGGAUGAUCGAUAUGAGAGGUGGACUGUUGUCACUUGGGUCGACUGGAUUUCUCGCUAGGAUGAUUUUGUGGAUUGACAUCAGGGCAUCCGAAAUUCACCGCCGGUCGAGGUGUUUUAAGGAAUCGCUCACAGCUGACGGAGGUAAUAUCAUCAAGAUGGAAGAGACUGAUAGAACAAGUCUCAUAGUUCAAUGA